AUGUCUGACAAACUCGAUAUGGUCAAGAUUGAGAAAUUCGAUAAAUUGAAAUUGAGGAAGACAGAAACGCAAAAGAAAAAUCCACUGCCUUCAAAAGAAACCAUCGAACAGGAGAAGCAAGCGGGAGCAAUGGGUUGA